AUGUCCCCAGGGCUGGACAAUAAAGGAAAGAGUGUUAGAAAAAAUGAUAGAUUAAUUAGCAAUGAAUUAAAAUUAAGGUUUUUGAAAAGAUGUGUUAAUAAGUUAAGUGCAGCAAUUAGAUCGUCAGAUUCUAGUAGCUUGGUCAGGUAUCAAAAAACAGCAGGAUCAAAAUCAACAACAAAUAAUGACGCAUUAUUGACUUCAAAAUGGUUGGAACGAAAAAAAUUAGACGAAUUAGGAAUUAAAUAUAAGAAAGGUAUAUAUACUAUGGAAGAAGAUGAAGUAUUAUAUGCGGCAUUAAAUAAAUAUAAAAUUUUAAUAUAUGGAACUACACCAGCUGAGCAUAAAGGUUUCUGGCGUGAAAUUGCAACUCCAUUGGGAACAAGGCCACUAAAAAAUGUGUGUAUACAUGUUCAAAGAUUAUUUCAUCACCACAAUUAUACAGGAAAAUGGUCACCAGAAGAUGACAAGAGAUUAAAUCAUAGCAAUUCAUGGUAA